UUUGCGUGUGUGUGUGCUCACAUUUGCUCACAUUGUAAAAAUUGUUGGCCAUUAUUUGUGUUAUUAUUAAUAAUCAAGUGCUGUUUAAUUAUUAUUUUCAAAUAAAGUGUGAUAAUUAACAACAAUGGCAGGAGUAUUAUUUGAAGAUAUUUUCAAUGUCAAGGAUAUUGAUCCAGAAGGAAAAAAAUUCGAUCGUGUCAUUCGUCUGCAUUGUGAAUCCGAGUCAUUCAAAAUGGACCUCAUCUUGGACAUCAACAGCUGGCUUUAUCCAAUGGAACUUGGAGACAAAUUUCGUCUUGUUUUGGCUACCACCCUGAGAGAAGAUGGCUACUCAGAUGGUGGUGAUUGGACAGCAAUUGAACAAGAGGGUGGUUCACGAGCUGACAGUUUUGAAUAUGUAAUGUCUGGAAAAGUUUAUCGUAUUGAAGGAGACGAAGCAAUGAAUGAACCAAGCACAAGAUUAUCUGCCUAUGUGUCGUUCGGUGGUCUACUCAUGAGACUGCAAGGUGAUGCUAACAAUGUUCAUGGUUUCGAAAUUGAUCAACACAUGUAUCUCUUGAUGAAGAAGAUAGCAUUUUAAGAUCAACUAUUUUUUUUUUUUAUACGUGUGUUGAAAUAUAUUAAUAAUUUGUAAUAAAGAUAAAAUCAAAAUUUA